CAGUAUUUGGUGAACGCUGAUUGGUCAGCGCUGUACUAUACGGUUGGCGCCAUUGCAAGCCUUCGUUCUGUUUUACCGAGUGGUCGCCAAAAUAUCGUUUCUACCCUUCGCCAGAAGUAGUGGCCCAACCACGACGCGAUGGCCGACAAAGACGCUGCGUUUGACGAUGCUGUGGAAGAACGGGUGAUCAAUGAGGAGUACAAGAUCUGGAAGAAGAACACCCCUUUCCUCUAUGACCUGGUCAUGACUCACGCCCUGGAGUGGCCCAGCCUCACUGCCCAGUGGCUGCCCGACGUCACCAGGCCCGAGGGGAAGGACUACAGCGUACACCGGCUGGUCUUGGGAACGCACACUUCGGACGAGCAGAAUCACAUCGUGAUCGCGAGCGUCCAGCUCCCCAACGAUGACGCCCAGUUCGACGCGUCGCACUACGACAGCGAGAAAGGAGAGUUCGGAGGCUUCGGAUCUGUAAGCGGGAAGAUUGAGAUCGAGAUCAAGAUCAACCAUGAGGGUGAAGUGAACCGAGCCCGCUACAUGCCCCAGAACCCCUGCAUCAUCGCCACAAAGACCCCCACCAGCGACGUGCUGGUCUUCGAUUACACGAAGCACCCGUCAAAGCCCGACCCCUCUGGAGAAUGCACCCCAGAUCUGCGGUUGCGAGGCCACCAGAAGGAGGGCUACGGCCUCUCCUGGAACCCCAACCUCAGCGGCUGCCUCCUCAGUGCCUCCGAUGACCACACGAUCUGCCUGUGGGACAUCAGCGCCGUGCCAAAGGAGGGAAAGAUCGUGGACGCCAAGACCAUCUUCACGGGCCACACCGCCGUGGUGGAGGACGUCUCCUGGCACCUGCUCCACGAGUCGCUCUUUGGCUCCGUGGCCGAUGACCAGAAACUCAUGAUCUGGGACACGCGGUCCAACAACACCUCCAAGCCCAGCCACGCCGUGGACGCCCACACCGCUGAGGUCAACUGCUUGUCCUUCAACCCCUACAGCGAAUUCAUCCUGGCCAGUGGAUCUGCAGAUAAGACUGUGGCUCUUUGGGACCUCAGGAAUUUGAAACUGAAGCUGCACUCGUUUGAGUCUCACAAGGACGAGAUCUUCCAGGUGCAGUGGUCCCCUCACAACGAAACCAUCCUGGCGUCCAGCGGCACCGACCGGAGGCUCAACGUCUGGGACCUCAGUAAGAUCGGAGAGGAGCAGUCCCCCGAGGACGCCGAGGACGGCCCCCCCGAGCUGCUGUUCAUUCAUGGCGGACACACGGCCAAGAUCUCCGACUUCUCCUGGAACCCCAACGAGCCGUGGGUCAUCUGCUCUGUAUCAGAGGACAACAUCAUGCAGGUCUGGCAAAUGGCCGAAAACAUCUACAACGACGAAGACCCGGAAGGUGCCGCAGACAGCGAGGUGCAGACAUGAGUCCGGUUUCGCCAUCUCUCCUUUCCCGCCUGCUUUUUUGUUUUUUGUUGUUUUUUUAAAAGCGAUUCUUUGUCCAGCGCUGUGAUCCAAGCAGUAAUCUCUCAUUUUCAAAUACAUUCUGGGCAACAAAGUUGUUUUGAAGACAGUUUAAAGAAGAUAAACACCCAUAUUGUCCAGAAGUAUUUCAGUUUAGUCUGUAUUGAUCAUAUUUUUAGCUCGUAUUAGUUUUAGAACUUUCAGUACUAAACUGACUUGUGAUGAAUUCUUCAGAUGUCUUUAUCAUUCAGGUUUUUCUUUUGGAUGGCUUUACUUUUUCAUCCAGUUUUAUUUGUGCUGAACACAUUUCUAUAAUGAUCCAUUUUAAUUAAAAUUGUACAUAUUGUAGGGUUCUUGUAUUUGCUUGAUAUUCCUAUUAUACACCUUUCCAGAUUCUGUCUGUCACUUUUAUGUGUAUUUUCUUUCUGUAUUGUUUUUUUUUUUUCUUCCUACUUUUGAUCUUGUGUACUUCAUGAAUUCAUAAUAAA